GUAGUACUUGAACAGCUGAUUUGCUUGCAUUUGUGUGGUGUUUUGUGUUUUCUCAAGAAGAUUCUGUGCGAUUAUCUCUGCUUUUAGUGAAAAAUCUAAGGAAAUCUCGAUUUUGCCAUUUAGCAAAUUAAUAUUCAUACGAAAAUGAGGUGUGCAGUUAAAAGUUGUAAAUCUGAAAAUAAACCGAAGAAGACCACUGGAAAACCACCAUCCUUUCACAGCUUACCCCAAAAUGAAGACCAACGAAAAAUUUGGCUACAGAGACUAGAUAUAGAUCUCAAUCAUCUCAAUACAGCAAAUAUCUUUAUAUGCGAUUUGCAUUUCAGACCAGAAGAUAUUUUAAAGACACGCAAAUCUUGUAAAUGGAAAACUUUCCUGAGGAAGGGAGCUCUUCCCAUUGAAUUCAGUGAGUCUUCUUUGUCAGAGAUCCCAGAGAUUAUUAAACAGGAACCAGAGCUUGUGCUUGAAGGGCUUGAAGAGUUUCAAGCUGAUGCUGAAGAAACAGUGAUAAAAUGUCAAAUAUGCAAGGCUUCUCAGGAUCUCUUGGAUAUUUACUCUCCGGAGUAUAACUUUCUUCAGAAAAAGCUCAAUGAAAUAACUUACUGUAGGAGUUCUAAGGCAAAAAUAGACAAUUGGCUGAGAUUUAUUUGCACUGGCUGCAAACAGAAAGUCGAUGAUCUUUGGGAGUUUAAGAAUCUCUAUCAGAAUGCUUAUAACCAGUUUUUAGUUGAGCAAAUGCGUUCAACAGGUAAAACUCUGCGUUUAGAAAAGGGUUAUGGGUCACAGAUUAGCAAUUUUGAGACUCAAGUAGAUCCUUUGCAUGAAAAUGAACCAUUUGUAUGGGAGGGAAUGGAAGAGUUGCAAGAAAAUUCCCUAAAAGAUCCCAAAACUGAGCAAUUGAGUAAAAAAGACAGAAAUGAUUGCGAAAAGUUGUUUGAAGUCAGAACAGAAAUGAUAGAUUUUGGUCACGAUUUCAAUGAUCCUGAAAUGAUUGGAGAGAAAUUUUCAGAAAAUCUAGUUACCCAUGAAAAGUCUCAAUCUCUUGAAGAGACAAAAAUUAGCCUAGUCGCGCUUCCGCAAAUGAUCGAAUACAAUAAACCGCUAAAAGAACACAGAUAUACUAUUACCUAUCGGCGAAAUUCCCAUCCACAAAAUGAGGUAAAGGAAGAGAUUGUGGAGAUGCAGGAAAUCAUUGCGACGGAUGAUUUUGCUGAAUUGCAAUUAGUUCCGACACCGGUGCCCAGUUCCGAAACAAACGAGGCAAAUUCAAUAGCAGUGAAUGUGAAACCUUCCACGUCAACAGCUUCCGGAUCUUCCGGAUCAAAAAUUUUAAAGAACAACUCAAAGAAAAUCAGAAAAACGACACCAGAGAAACCAGAAAAGGUCAAAAGGGUACACAAAGAGAAGCGCGUGAGACGCAGAAGACCGGUCAAACGUGGAAUAUUCAGCUGUAUGCUGUGUUAUAAGAUAUUUCACACCAGAAACUCCUUAAAUCAGCACAUGACACAAGUCCACUUAAAAAAAAAUCCAUAUCAAUGUUCCGGCUGUGGCAAGAAAUUUUCCACAAGGGGAAAGCUACAGCGACAUGAACCUAUUCACGAUGCAAACCGUACGACAUAUUCCUGUGAAUACUGCAAUAAAACAUCCUUUACUAAGUCACCAAGGGACCAUUUGUGGCUGGUCCACUCAAUUCCACGCAAAGAUCAGGACAGAAUCUGCAUUUGCCAAUACUGCAAUGCCUCACUGGAGCACAGACUUGUCUACUACGAACACCUCAAAUCUCACAAUCUCGUGAAGUAUACCUGUCGCUCAUGUCCUGAGCAAUUUUCAUCCUUAGAUUCCUUGGCAGAGCAUGAAGUAACUCAUAUCAAUACCAGACCAUACAUUUGUGAAAUAUGCGCAAAAACUUACAAAGAUAUGAAAUCUCUUAAGCAUCACAUUCAUCUUCAUCGUGGAGGCGAGAAAUUGUAUGAAUGCGAGUUUUGUGCCAAAAAGUUUACUACUUCUUACACUCGGAAGUUGCAUGUGAGAAUUCAUACAGGAGAAACCCCCUACGAAUGCGCCAAUUGUCUAAAAAAGUUCCACGAUAGGAGAACUUGUGCUAAGCACUCCCUAAAAUGCUCAGAUAACAUGAAACUUUAAAAAAGGACGAACUUUCCAGAGAUCACCAAAAAUUAUGUAUUUUCACCUGAAUUCUGCUAAUCUUGAAACGACACCCCUGAAACAGUGUCAUUUCCAUAUAUUUGGUUAACAAUUGUUGAUCGAAAACUGCUGACCGGUUAGCAUUUUUGCUGAUCAACUUAGUAAAAAUAUGCAAAAACGCUGUCUUUUUCAUCUAACUCUGCUUCCCUGAAUUUUGUAAGCAAAAUUUUGAAUUUGAAAUAAACUUCAGGAAUAUUCGGAA